AUGCGGAGUACUUUCCAGUCCACCAGGGUCGUGCGAUCCAUCCAAACCUCACCACCACAAACCCACGUACACACUUUCGCACAUCCACUCCCACUCCCACACCCACACACAACAGCGAGAAUACACACACACGCGUACACACCCAUCAAGUCCAUUGGCGUCGCAGGCAGGGGUGUGCUGUCACACCCAAUCACUCGAGGAGUGGCCAAUCGAGUGAAUAAACCGCUCAUAGAGAAGACGGUCAAAGUAGUCGAUACAGAGGUGGAGGCGGAUUUCCACAUCGUCAAGAAGUUGGCUAAGUAUCUAUGGCCCAAAGGUAAAGUGGGUCUGAAAGUCCGUGUCAUCGCCGCCUUGGGAGCCUUGGUUUUCGCUAAGGUUAUAAAUGUCAUGACGCCCUUCUACUUCAAACAAGCCAUUGACGAACUCAACAUCGACGUGUCCGGUGCCACAGUCAACGUUGUCUUCACUACGGCUGGGGCGCUGAUCAUCUCAUAUGGUUUGGCUCGUCUGGGUGCCAGUUUCUUCGGUGAGCUUCGUUCGGCUCUCUUCACCGCAGUAUCGCAAAACGCCAUCCGCAAAGUCGCAGGUGAAACGUUUUCGCAUCUGCACCGAUUGGACCUGAACUAUCACUUGACUCGCAAAACGGGUGCACUCAGCAAAGCCAUUGACAGGGGUUCGAGAGGCAUCAGCUUCAUCCUGGGGGCCAUUCUCUUCAACAUUGUACCUACUGCACUUGAGUUGGGGAUGGUGACGUCAAUCCUCACAUACAACUACGGCGUGUCCUUCGCCGG